CAAAUUUAAAAACCAAUAAAACGGACGUGACGUAAUUUUGUUUUAAAGCAAGCGCACCAUUGACGUCUUCCUGUCUGUCAAUUUGUAGGUUCUUUUGCAUCGUGUAAUGGUGGAGUAGAAGGAAUAACCCUACAAAAUGCAGAUAUUUGUUAAAACUCUAACUGGGAAGACCAUCACUCUUGAGGUCGAGCCAUCUGAUACAAUCGAAAAUGUGAAGUCCAAAAUUCAGGAUAAGGAAGGGAUCCCCCCUGACCAACAACGUCUGAUCUUUGCCGGCAAGCAGUUGGAAGAUGGGCGUACUCUUUCUGAUUAUAACAUACAGAAAGAGUCCACUCUUCAUUUGGUCUUAAGAUUGCGUGGUGGUGCCAAGAAACGUAAGAAGAAGAAUUAUUCUACACCCAAAAAAAUUAAGCACAAGAAGAAGAAGGUUAAGUUAGCCGUACUGAAAUUUUAUAAAGUUGACGAGAAUGGUAAGAUACACAGAUUAAGACAAGAGUGCAAAGGUGAGCAGUGCGGCGCAGGUGUGUUUAUGGCUGCAAUGGAAGAUCGCCACUACUGUGGAAAAUGUGGUUAUACCUUGGUCUUCUCUAAACCAGAAGAAAGCAAAUGAAUGUAGAUAUGUAGUUUUUACAUAAUAAAUGUCUAUACGGCUAUUUUUUUUAA